CAGACAUUGAAGGUCAUGCUGCCAGGUGCUGUUACCUGUGCCAGCCAGCACGGUUGGUUUGGUCCUUUGGGCUGGUUGCAACCAGGCAAGAGGAAAACACCAGUAAGUCCAGGGAAGAAAGCACCAGUAAGUCCAGGAGAGAGCUUUGUCCAGCUGCACAUUUGCUGUGCAUCUGUGGCCGGCCUGCCUGCUGGAGGUCCUCUGCUCUGCCAGCGCCUGUGCAGAGGUGUCCCCAUCUUGCCAAGGUUAGUGGAUGACAGAUGUGUGGUUCAGCCGGACGCGGGUGACCUUGCCAACCCUCCCAAGAAGUUCAGAGACUGCCUUUUCAAGGUGUGUCCUAUGAACCGAUAUUCAGCCCAGAAGCAGUACUGGAAAGCCAAACAAGCCAAACAAGGAAACCAUACAGAAGCAGCACUGCUGAAGAAACUUCAACAUGCAGCAGAACUGGAACAAAAGCAGAAUGAAAGCGAGAACAGAAAGCUGUUGGGCGAAAUUGUAAAAUAUAGCAAUGUCAUACAGCUACUGCACAUAAAAAGUAACAAGUACCUCACAGUCAAUAAGAGAUUACCAGCUCUGCUAGAGAAGAAUGCUAUGCGAGUGUCUCUGGAUGCUGCAGGGAAUGAGGGAUCCUGGUUUUAUAUACAGCCAUUCUGGAAACUAAGGAGUGAAGGUGACAAUGUUGUUGUGGGAGAUAAAGUUGUACUGAUGCCAGUCAAUGCAGGGCAGCCUCUGCAUGCUAGCAACAUUGAACUUCUAGAUAACCCUGGCUGCAAAGAGGUAAAUGCUGUCAACUGUAACACAAGCUGGAAGAUAACAUUGUUCAUGAAAUUCAGUAGUUACCGAGAUGAUGUACUGAAAGGAGGAGAUGUUGUUAGGUUGUUUCAUGCAGAGCAAGAGAAGUUUCUGACCUGUGACGAAUAUGAGAAGAAACAGCAUAUUUUCCUUCGUACUACGUUGCGUCAGUCAGCCACCUCUGCAACAAGUUCUAAGGCACUGUGGGAGAUAGAGGUUGUCCAUCAUGAUCCUUGCCGGGGAGGAGCAGGACAGUGGAAUAGUUUGUUUAGAUUUAAGCACUUGGCAACUGGAAACUACUUAGCUGCAGAGCUUAACCCACACUAUCCGGAAGGUAAUAAUGAAGGAAAAGCUUUGCAGAGAGAUGGUGACCUUCCUGCUUCAAAGAAGAAACGCCAGGCAGGGGAGAAGAUUAUGUAUACUUUGGUCUCUGUGCCACAUGGAAAUGACAUCGCAUCUCUCUUUGAACUGGAUGCCACCACUCUUCAGAGAGCUGACUGCCUGGUUCCAAGGAACUCCUAUGUCCGACUGAGGCAUUUAUGCACCAAUACUUGGGUUACUAGUACUAGCAUCCCAAUAGACACCAAUGAAGAAAGGCCUGUAAUGUUAAAGAUUGGGACGUGCCAAACAAAAGAGGACAAGGAAGCUUUUGCCAUUGUAUCAGUUCCUCUGUCUGAGGUCAGAGACUUGGACUUUGCCAAUGAUGCGAACAAGGUCUUAGCGUCAACUGUUAAAAAGCUGGAGAAUGGAACAAUAACCCAGAAUGAAAGGAGAUUUGUCACCAAGUUAUUAGAAGAUCUGAUUUUCUUUGUGUCUGAUGUGCCUAACAAUGGGCAGGAAGUUUUGGAUGUGGUCAUUACUAAGCCUAACCGGGAACGACAAAAAUUAAUGCGGGAACAAAAUAUAUUGGCACAGAUAUUUGGGAUCCUCAAAGCUCCUUUUAAGGACAAAGGUGAAGGAUCAAUGCUGAGACUUGAAGACCUAGGUGACCAGAGAUAUGCCCCAUACAAAUACAUGUUAAGGCUAUGUUACAGAGUUCUCAGACAUUCCCAGCAGGACUAUAGGAAGAACCAGGAAUAUAUUGCUAAGAACUUCUGCGUCAUGCAGUCCCAGAUUGGUUAUGAUAUUUUGGCAGAAGACACCAUCACAGCUUUGCUGCACAACAACAGAAAACUGCUAGAGAAACACAUCACGGCUAAAGAAAUAGAGACCUUUGUUAAUUUACUCAGGAGAAAUCGAGAGCCAAGGUUCCUGGAUUAUUUAUCAGACCUGUGUGUAUCUAACACCACAGCAAUACCAGUAACUCAGGAACUCAUCUGCAAGUUUAUGCUGAGCCCAGGAAAUGCUGACAUUCUCAUUCAGACGAAGCUGAUUUCAACACAAAUGGACAAUCCCUUAGAAUGCCCAGUCAUCUCAGAUGACAUUGAUGAAGAGGAAGUGUGGCUUUACUGGAUUGACAGUAACAAGGAACCUCAUGGCAAGGCCAUCAGACACCUGGCUCAGGAGGCAAAGGAGGGCACAAAAGUUGAUUUAGAAGUUCUUACCUACUACAGGUACCAACUGAACCUCUUUGCAAGAAUGUGCCUGGACCGCCAGUAUCUAGCCAUCAACCAGAUUUCUGCACAGCUAUCAGUAGACUUGAUCCUACGAUGUAUGUCCGAUGAAAGUCUUCCUUAUGACCUCCGGGCUUCUUUUUGCCGGUUGAUGCUUCACAUGCAUGUGGACAGAGAUCCUCAGGAAUCAGUGGUACCUGUCAGAUACGCCAGACUGUGGACUGAAAUUCCUACCAAGAUCACAAUUCAUGAGUAUGAUUCUUUCACAGAUUCUUCAAGGAAUGAAAUGAAGAGGAAAUUUGCACUAACUAUGGAAUUUGUAGAAGAGUACUUGAAAGAAGUUGUAAAUCAGCCUUUUCCUUUUGGUGACAAAGAGAAAAAUAAACUUACAUUUGAGGUGGUACAUCUGGCUCGAAACCUCAUAUACUUUGGCUUUUAUAGUUUUAGUGAGCUUCUCAGGCUGACCCGGACACUGCUGGCAAUUCUAGAUAUUGUUCAAGUUCCUAUGUCAUCAUACUUUGAAAGGCUGAGCAAGUUUCAGGAUGGAGGAAACAAUGUUAUGAGAACCAUCCAUGGUGUAGGAGAGAUGAUGACCCAAAUGGUACUAAGCAGAGGAUCUAUAUUUCCCAUCAGUGUCCCUGAUGUACAGCCAAGCAUUCACCCAAGCAAGCAAGCCAGCACCUCCGAGAAUGAAGAUGUGAUUGUAAUGGACACCAAAUUGAAAAUCAUUGAGAUUUUACAGUUUAUUCUCAGUGUUAGACUGGACUACAGAAUAUCCUAUAUGCUGUCUAUCUAUAAGAGAGAGUUUGGCGAAAACAAUGAGAACGUCGAUAGCUCUACAGCCUCACCGCCUGACACAUCAGGGAUUCCCUCAGCAAUUGUUCCUGACAUAGAUGAAAUUGCAGCUCAGGCUGAAACCAUGUUUGCUGGCAGAAAAGAAAAGAAUGCGGUUCAGCUUGAUGAUGAAGGGGGCAGAACUUUUUUACGAGUCCUCAUUCAUCUCAUCAUGCAUGACUACCCUCCUUUGCUCUCAGGUGCUCUGCAUCUACUAUUUAAGCACUUCAGCCAGCGAGCAGAAGUUCUGCAAGCAUUUAAACAGGUUCAGUUGCUGGUCUCUAAUCAAGAUGUUGAUAACUACAAGCAAAUCAAGGCUGAUCUUGAUCAACUGCGUCUGACUGUAGAAAAAUCGGAACUGUGGGUUGAAAAAAGCAGUAAUUAUGAGAGUGGAGAAGGGGGCGAUAAUCAAACCAAAGGGGGAGAAGAGCCAAUAGAGGAGCCAAAUAUUUUGAGUCCAAUACAGGAUGGAACCAAAAAACCCCAGAUAGACAGCAAUAAAAGCAAUAACUACAUCAUUGUUAAAGAGAUUUUGAUUCGACUCAGUAAACUUUGUGUUCAAAAUAAAAAGUGUCGAAAUCAGCAGCAGCGAUUGCUGAAGAAUAUGGGUGCCCACUUGGUAGUCUUGGACCUUCUGCAGAUACCCUAUGAAAAGAGCGAUGAAAAGAUGAAUGAAGUUAUGAAUUUAGCCCACACUUUUCUUCAGAAUUUCUGCCGAGGAAAUCCUCAGAAUCAAGUUCUCCUCCAUAAAAAUCUCAAUUUAUUCUUAACUCCAGGGCUUCUGGAAGCUGAAACCAUGCGGCAUAUCUUCAUGAAUAAUUACCUUCUUUGUAAUGAAAUUAGUGAGAGGGUGGUACAGCACUUUGUACACUGUAUUGAGACCCAUGGCCGUCAUGUGGAAUACCUGCGUUUCCUGCAGACCAUUGUAAAAGCAGAUGGCAAAUAUGUGAAAAAAUGCCAGGACAUGGUAAUGACCGAGCUGAUAAAUGGCGGUGAAGAUGUGCUGAUAUUCUACAAUGAUAGAGCAUCAUUUCCAGUCCUACUCCAAAUGAUGUGUUCAGAGCGAGAUCGAGCAGAUGAGAGUGGACCCUUAGCGUAUCACAUCACUCUAGUGGAAUUGCUAGCAGCUUGUACAGAAGGAAAGAAUGUAUAUACAGAGAUCAAGUGCAAUUCACUUCUGCCACUGGAUGAUAUAGUGAGAGUGGUGACCCAUGAUGACUGCAUACCUGAGGUGAAAAUUGCCUAUGUUAAUUUUGUUAACCACUGUUAUGUGGACACCGAAGUGGAAAUGAAAGAAAUCUAUGCCAGCAACCAUAUUUGGAAGUUAUUUGAGAACUUCCUAGUUGAUAUGGCACGGGUUUGUAACACAACCACGGAUCGUAAACACGCAGACACAUCUCUGGAGAAAUACGUCACUGAGCCUGUAAUGAACAUUGUGAGUGGCUUCUUCAAUUCUCCGUUUUCAGAUAACAGCACCAGCCUCCAGACACAUCAGCCUGUUUUUAUUCAGCUACUGCAGUCUGCUUUUAGAAUUUACAACUGUACGUGGCCAAACCCAACUCAGAAAGCCUCAGUGGAGUCAUGUAUCAAAACUUUGGCUGAAGUGGCGAAGAACCGUGGGAUUGCAAUUCCGGUGGAUUUGGACAGCCAAGUCAACACCUUGUUCAUGAAGAGUCACUCUAACAUGGUGCAGAGGGCAGCCAUGGGGUGGAGAAUGUCAGCCCGCAGCGGACCACGUUUUAAAGAAGCUCUUGGUGGGCCUGCCUGGGAUUAUAGGAACAUAAUAGAAAAACUACAGGAUGUAGUCUCCUCCUUGGAGCAGCAGUUCACUCCCAUGAUGCAGGCUGAAUUCUCAGUGCUGGUUGAUGUGCUGUACAGUCCAGAGCUGCUUUUUCCUGAAGGGAGUGAUGCCAGAAUAAGAUGUGGUGCUUUCAUGUCCAAGUUGAUUAAUCACACAAAGAAGCUGAUGGAGAAAGAAGAAAAGCUCUGCAUUAAAAUUCUUCAGACAUUACGAGAAAUGCUUGACAAGAAAACUAACUUUGCGGAAGAGGUUGCACUGCACUGGUUUUUGGAUCUAAUACAAAUAGACUUGUUAUACUUCAUGUUCUCUUUUAAACACAUGAGGAUUGCCAAAGAGGAUCAGACCAGAGGAUUAGAGUGCUGUCUCUCUGUGUGGCCAUCACCAGAUGCUUCAGAAGAAAGUCUAAGAAUCCCCACUGGCAACACUUUAAGGAAAAUACUCCUGUAUCGCUACUUUAAAGGAGAAUAUGGAAGUGGUAUGAAUGGGCCUCUGUCUACCAGCUACAGCAAAACUGCACAAGUGGGAGGUGGAUUUGUAGGACAAGACUCAGAUAAAUCUGGAGUAUCCAUGUUUGAUAUUCAGUGCCUUCUGGAUAAAGAAGGUGCAUCAGAACUUGUCAUAGAUGUUAUAGUCAGCACCAAAAAUGACAGAAUUUUCUCAGAAGGCAUUUUGCUUGGUAUUGCAUUGCUUGAAGGCGGAAAUGCACAAACACAGUAUUCAACAUACCAGCAACUGAAGGAGCAAAAAAAGUCAGAAAAAUUCUUUAAAGUCCUGUAUGACCGCAUGAAAGCUGCUCAGCAAGAGAUACGAUCAACAGUGACAGUGAACACUAUUGAUUUGGGGAGCAAAAAGAAAGAUGAUGAUAGUGACCUUACCGUAUCUGUACCCAAAAAGAGAGUGAAGGAUUCAACACUGCAUCUGAAAGAGGGUAUGAAAGUUCAGUUAACAGAAGCAUCUUCUGCAACAUCCAAGGCUUACUCUGUAUAUAGAAGAGAAAUGGACCCAGAAAUAGAUCUUAUGGGCUCAGGAACAGAUGCUGCAAAUGCAGAAGAAAAGACCACAGAAGAAGCAAUAAUGAGUCCUGCUAUUGCAAUCAUGCAGCCAAUACUGAGAUUUCUCCAGCUGUUGUGUGAGAACCACAACCGAGAGCUCCAGAAUUUUUUAAGACAUCAGAACAAUAAAACAAAUUACAACCUUGUUUGUGAGACCCUUCAGUUUUUGGACUGUAUCUGUGGAAGCACGACAGGUGGACUAGGCUUACUGGGGCUUUACAUCAAUGAGAGGAACGUAGCUCUCGUGAACCAGACAUUGGAAAGCUUGACUGAGUAUUGCCAAGGUCCAUGCCAUGAAAAUCAGACCUGCAUAGCUACCCAUGAAUCGAACGGGAUUGAUAUUAUAAUUGCACUCAUCUUGAAUGACAUAAACCCUCUGGGCAAAUACUGUAUGGACUUGGUGCUUCAGCUAAAGAAUAAUGCCUCCAAGCUUUUGCUGGCUAUUAUGGAAAGCAGGCAAGACAGUGAGAAUGCGGAAAGAAUCCUUUUCAACAUGAGACCAAGGGAACUGGUGGAUGUGAUGAAGAAUGCAUAUAACCAAGGCCUAGAAUGUGACCAUGAGGAAGAAAAUGGAGAUGAUGGCAUCUCCCCAAAAGAUGUUGGCCAUAAUAUUUAUAUUUUGGCACAUCAGUUGGCUCGUCACAAUAAAACAUUGCAACAGAUGCUGAAGCCAGGGUCAGAUCCAGAUGAAGGAGAUGAAGCCUUGAGCUAUUACGCCAAUCAUACAGCACAGAUAGAGAUUGUUCGUCAUGAUAGAUCAAUGGAACAGAUUGUCUUCCCUGUCCCCAAUAUUUGUGAAUUUCUCACUCGGGAAUCCAAAAGUCGAGUAUUCAAUACAACAGAGAGAGAUGAACAAGGGAGCAAAGUCAAUGACUUUUUCCAACAGACAGAAGAUCUGUACAAUGAGAUGAAAUGGCAAAAGAAAAUUAGGAAUAAUCCACUCCUGUUUUGGUUCUCUAGACACAUCUCUCUCUGGGGAAGCAUUUCCUUCAACCUUGCUGUAUUCAUCAACUUAGCAGUUGCUCUGUUCUAUCCCUUUGGAGAUGAUGGAGAUGAAGGCACGCUUUCUCCAUUGAUUUCAGUCCUCCUCUGGAUAGCGGUGGCACUUUGUACAGCAAUGCUGUUUUUCAUCUCCAAGCCUGUUGGCAUUCGACCCUUUUUGGUGUCUGUUAUUCUCAGGUCUAUAUAUACUAUAGGGCUCGGUCCCACCUUGAUUCUUCUCGGUGCUGCUAAUCUUUGCAACAAAAUAGUGUUUCUGGUGAGCUUUGUUGGAAACCGGGGAACAUUUACUCGUGGCUACAGGGCGGUCGUCAUGGACAUGGCUUUUCUCUAUCACGUAGCAUAUGUCCUGGUCUGCAUGCUGGGCCUCUGUGUGCAUGAAUUCUUCUACAGUUUCCUGCUGUUUGAUCUAGUGUACAGAGAGGAGACUUUGCUAAAUGUGAUAAAAAGCGUUACCCGGAAUGGUCGUUCCAUUAUCCUCACUGCAGUGCUAGCACUCAUCCUGGUUUAUCUCUUCUCCAUCAUUGGGUUCCUCUUCCUGAAGGAUGACUUUAUCAUGGAGGUCGACAGGUUGAAAAUCAGGACCCCUGUUGCAGGUAUUGGUGAAGUCCCCACUACAACCCUCACAUCAAUGAUGGGAGCCUGCGCAAAAGAGAAUUGUUCCAAAAGCAUCCCUAUUAUAAACCCAGGUGAGGAAGAGGAGGAUGGAAUUGAAAGGACCUGUGACACCCUGCUCAUGUGCAUUGUGACAGUAUUAAACCAGGGCCUGAGAAAUGGUGGUGGUGUGGGAGACGUGCUCAGAAAGCCGUCCAAAGAUGAGCCCUUAUUUGCUGCUCGAGUUGUUUAUGAUCUUCUGUUUUAUUUCAUUGUCAUAAUUAUUGUUCUAAACCUAAUCUUUGGAGUCAUCAUUGAUACCUUUGCUGAUCUCAGGAGCGAAAAACAGAAAAAGGAGGAAAUACUGAAGACAACAUGUUUCAUCUGUGGACUGGAGAGAGACAAAUUCGAUAACAAGACAGUUUCAUUUGAGGAGCAUAUAAAGUCAGAACACAACAUGUGGCAUUAUUUGUACUUUAUAGUUCUUGUCAAAGUGAAAGAUCCAACAGAAUACACUGGUCCAGAGAGCUAUGUGGCACAAAUGAUUGUGGAGAAGAAUUUGGACUGGUUCCCUCGGAUGAGAGCCAUGUCCCUGGUCAGCAAUGAAGGUGACAGCGAGCAAAAUGAAAUCAGGAACCUGCAGGAGAGGCUGGAGUCAACCAUGAGCCUUGUGAAGCAGCUCUCCAGCCAGCUGGCUGAGCUGAAGGAGCAGAUGACAGAACAAAGGAAGAAUAAGCAGAGGCUGGGCUUUCUUGGAUCAAACACACCCCAUGUGAAUCAUCACAUGCCACCACCCUGAUACCAUGGGGAGAAGCCGUGACUGGCCUUUCAUCAGUAUUCCUGCUUUAUUACUGAAUAAAAAACUGAGAUUGAGAGGAGUGAACAGUGCCUAUUGUUACGAAGUUAAAAACAACCAAGUGCCGAGAUGUUAAGUGGUUUAGCUCUGGGAACAAUUUGUAGCUGUUUUUCAUGGUUGAAAGGGACCUAGAACGCAAGUGAUACAAGGCAGUCCGUUUGUAUUCAUUCAGGGGCCCCAACUCGCUGCGUUUGUGCUCUGCGACUCAGUGGCUUCGGCGGCGGCUGCUGCCUGCAAGGGAGUCAGGGCAGUGCCCGGCCGCAUCCCUUGCGCUGCCUUCAGCUUUCUCCGUAAAGUGCCAACAAAACCAAGAGGAGCCGAAGCAGGAGAAAUGUUUAUUAGCGCAAAUGCAGUACAGCCUGGUUCAGAAUCAAUAGAAGCCGCUCCUUGUCUUAUUUGUCAGAUAGCAACAUUAGUCAUUUUUGCUUGGCAUCUACUAUUUUUUAAUUACCGUAAAUAUGUCAGUUGGGUAAGCAAUAUUGUUGCUUCAAGUAAUUCUACUAGGAGGGAAAGGGGAGAAACCUCAAAAGACUGGGAGAAAAAAGAAAGAAAAAAGAGAAAAAAAGUUGCAAAGAGAAACAUUAACGCUUUUGAAUUUUAGCUGUCACCAUGCAAUUUCUUAUUUAUAACAUGGAGCACAAUGGAUCUACAGCUGUGGGAAUGUUAUGCACAUAAUACUGACAACAUAACUGGAAGUGAUUUCUUUCUACUGGAUUCAGAUGUUCUCGAUUAAUGUGGCCCUGAGACUUCACAUACCGAGGAGUUAAAUUGCGCUUAAAAUUCAAGUUCCAAUGGAGGAUUCAGGAAAAACAUGAGAUCUGUAGUUUGAAGUGUGCAUGUGUGUAUUGUUUAAUUUUUUUUUUUUUAAAGCUUAAAAAUGCCUUUCUACAUGGAGCUGUAAUGGUGUCGCUACCUUCCACAAACACACUGUCAGCGAGAGGUGACCUUAGUAAAUCAGCGCCGUAUUCUGCCAGUUUUCUUCUGAGCAGAGUAGCAUGGGCUUAACCUUCCUCUGUCAGCCCUUCCUCGCUGGAGGGGCUUGCAGGACCAGUGCAGGUGAUGGAGCACAGCAGUGAUGCCAGAAGAGCACAGGAUUGGAUGCGGCACAGCAGUGAUGCUGGAGGAGCUCUCUUCCAGUACUGGGCUCUAGGAAGGGCAGCAGCCAAACCAUCUGUGCAGGUUUCUGAUGUAUUCUCAGCUUCCUGAGAUGGUUUUAGAAGAGAAGUUGCUGGGUAUCUGCAGAGCCUUGAGGCUUUUAGGUGAAGAUUUUCAGGGCACAAAUCGGAGCUGUGGUCCCAGUUCACUUUCAUCUUCAGAGGAUUUUGGAUCCCUGGUUGUCUUUGGUUGCAUUGGAAAUCGUCUCCAAUUAAAGUGGAGUCACUUUCUAAACCAAAAUAUUUUUGCAAUAAUUUUCCCCUAUAAUAUUUCAAUUUUGUUACAGAAGCCAUUUUGAUUGAGGGUGGAAAUACUGUUGACUCCAGUAUUUUUAGUAUCUCACUGAAAAAAUACUGUCUUGUUAUUAAGACACAAUUCAAACCAGCAGACCCAGAAUGAAAGGAAGGGAGGAGCAUUUCCCUCCCUUCAUCCCAAAUCCAAGCCUGUUCUUGGAACCCCUUUCUUUUUUUGUAUCAGUGAGGUGAAUGGGAUAAAAAUAAUGUACUAUAGGGUCUGAUCCUUCUACUGCCAGCACAUUUCACUCUGGCUUCUGCUGGGUCCCAGAAACCAUGACCCAGACAGCGCUCUGCCUUCAUGUGCUGAGGUGAGGAGCAGGUGGCAGUUAUAAGAACCAGAACCAGGGCAGAAGAAAUGAAGGGUGAGAAACUAAACCCUCGACAGCUCCUCUGCCACUGUGGUGCUUCCCAACCAGCUGUGCAAGAAGAGAGCUCAAAGCAGAAUACAGAAGCGCAGUUGUCCUCAGCAGACAACUGCGAUCUUUUAGGAAUAAGCCAUGGAGUGUGCCUUCAUGUGACUGAGGCCUUGAUGCUGCUGCUGCAACUGCGCUGUGCUGGUGAAACCCCUCAGUGAGGCUGGCUGGCUGUGGGGACAGGCUCCACGUAGCAAUUAGCGUCCAGCACGGAGCGACUUACAGUGACUUUAUUCUGGGAGCUUGCCUCAACCACACGCCGUGCUGUAGCCAACUCCUGUGUAAAGUAAGGCCAGGUCAGCCUCUCUGACUGGGCCUAUUGUAAAGCACAAAGCCAAAGGAGUUCUGCAAAACGUCAAGUCAGUGGUGAGGUUGUGGAGAAUCAGGCCCUGCAGCCAUAUUGAUUCAAAUUAGUUUGUGCAGUUCAUCAGUUUGUUACAGCCUGUGUUUCUUCUUCCCCACACACACAUACAGAUGUUGUAGGUGUAGAGCACGGUUUAUUGGAACAAAGGUGAAUUAUUUGCUGCUUACUGACGGGUUGGCUACAGCUGGACGUGGUUUACACUUUUGCUGUUUAUGCUUGGAAAAUCAGUGGAACCGCAGUGCAUCACAGGAGGUCUGUGCUGCUUGAGCUGCAGCUCAACAUGCCUAUGCCUUGAGCUCGUGCCUGCAGUGACACAUGGGCAGUCCUCUGCCCUGUGCCCUGACCAACAUCCACCAGUUCCGGAGCCUGAGGGGGAGCAAACUCUUCAAAAACUAGGAACUAAUAGAUGCCAAUUAGCCUUUGCCACAGUGCCUGUCCUCUCUUUAUAGCUUCAGAGAGAGACUUCUGUAAGUGAUGGAAGUAAGUGAUGGUGCUUGCACAGAUGGUAAAUAUAUUUCACUGAGCAUUUUGAUGUUCUUGCUGAUUCUGCCAAAGCUUAGGCCUGUCCUGCAGCUCUCAUCCAUGUGAGCAGUCUGUACCUAAACAGAAGGCUUCUUACGUGAACAGCAGUUGCAGGGCCAGAGCUCAAGUCUUAAGGAUUGUGAAAUACCCCCCGUCAGAGAGUUUAUAACAAGGGAAAAGUUCAUUGUUUUAUACAUAUAUUUAUAUGUGUAUUUUUGUUUAGUGCAGCAGGGGUAUCCUCUUAGGCAAGCAUCAUCACUUGCAUAUCCUGUUUAUAUGAAAUGAUUGCAAAGAAGUUAAAACAUCUAAGAGCUUUUAAUGCCUUAGAGGGAUUUACAAUUAUAAGCUCCUUGACAGUUAAAAUCUACUUAAGUAAACAUGUCCAUUGAUGCUGAAUGUAACUUUUAAUAAAGUGUGUCAUUUUAUGUA